AAGCGCUGUUCGAUCUGUCCCGGAAGCGGAAGCGGCGUUAGCAAGAUGGCGGCGGCGGCGGAGCAGGCGGCGGCGGCGGGAGCCGGCUCCGAGUCUUGCGCCCCGCCGGUGUGCGUGCUGGUGCUGGGCAUGGCGGGCUCUGGGAAAACCACCCUGGUGCAGAGGCUCACGGCCCAUUUGCACAGCCAGAAUUCCCCGCCCUACGUCGUCAACCUGGACCCUGCUGUGCGCGAGCUGCCUUUUGCAGCCAACAUCGAUAUCAGAGACACAGUGAAGUACAAAGAAGUCAUGAAACAAUAUGGUCUGGGCCCAAAUGGUGGAAUAGUGACUUCUCUCAAUCUCUUUGCCACAAGAUUUGAUCAGGUGAUGAAGUUUAUUGAAAAGCGGCAGAACACAUCUCAAUAUGUUCUUAUUGAUACACCAGGACAGAUUGAGGUGUUCACCUGGUCAGCCUCAGGCACUAUCAUCACUGAGGCACUGGCUUCCACUUUUCCUUCAGUUGUCGUUUAUGUGAUGGACACAUCUCGCAGCACCAACCCUAUCACCUUUAUGUCUAACAUGUUGUAUGCUUGCAGUAUCCUGUACAAAACAAAACUACCUUUUAUUUUGGCCAUGAACAAGACAGAUAUCAUUGAUCACAGUUUUGCAGUAGAAUGGAUGCAGGAUUUUGAGAUCUUCCAAGAUGCCUUGAAUCAAGAGACAACGUAUGUUAGUAACCUGACUCGUUCCAUGAGCCUGGUGUUGGAUGAGUUUUACAGCUCACUUAAGGCAAAAGCCCAGAGCAAGCAGCAGAAAGAGCAGCUGGAACGUUUGUGGAAAGACAUGGGCUCUGUGGCUAUGGAGAGCAACUCACUUGCAGAUUCUUCUGACACUUCUGCAUUGGGCCCCUCUGACUUGAUCAUGACACGAGGAACUUUGGAUGAGGAAGAUGAAGAGAGAGUGAGUGAUACUGAUGAUAUUGACCAUCAAGUCACUGAAGAAAGCCAAGAAGAACCAGCCUUCAGAAACUUCAUGCAGGAGACCAGGAUGAAGUACCAGAAUAGAAGCAGCCACUAAGAGACUUUCAGAAGCAAAGCGCUGCAAACCCUUCGACUGGAGGGAACAGCAAGAGCAAAGUGUCCACCACCUUCUGUGCUGUGAAGACACCAGUGCAGCCUUGUAUGCAAUCUAACUUCUGUGAAGCACUUUCUCUGAUACUUAAAUAUCUGUACUUGCAAAAUCAGCUGGUUACUGUGAGCUGGAGUUCUGACUUCAGGUGUUUAACCUUUUGCCAUUGUGACUUUUAAAACAAAAUAAGGAUUGCACUUUUUCCUUUUCUCCAAAUAGUUUUGCUCCGCAUUGUUGGGAACUUGAAUUCCUGGUGUGUCAUCAUUAUUGUCUGAAGCUUUGGUCCACCCCUGGGAGUUCAACACCAUCCCCACAUUCAAAGCUUAUGGUUUCUGUUGGGUGCAGGGGAUGGGUGAGACCUCUGCUGGAAGGCUCUUCUGGGAAUUGUCUCCCUUUAGUUAUGGUGGUGGCUCAAAUUCAGAGGGUUGGGGCAAUAGUCUUGUGUGAUGAUAGCCAGAGCCUCAAUUUUAAAUGUAUUCCCUAUUAAAUUCUGUAGCUAAAAUUUGGUCAGAGGCUGGAAAGGUCUUUUCAGGAACUGUUUCUAAAUGGAGUUUUCUCUGAGUGACUGAAACAGGGUAACUGAAAUGUCACUGCAAUCCCAUGUUUGACAUUUUAUUUUGUUUUGUAAUUUAUUAUAAAGUAUUUUUGCUAUUGACAAAUGGCUUAGUGGUGAUUGGGAAUGACAGAGUUGAACUUCAUGGGAGGUUCAUUGAAUAAGCUUGCUCUGUAUGCUUGCAGCACACCCAGAGGCACAACACUGGGAGUGAGCUGUGUGCCUGAAGCCAUAGUAUCUUGAGCUGUGAAGCUAAAUGGCAUUUCAUCCUGUGACCAGAGACACUGAAAACGCAGGUGCUGCAGGAAGUGUUGUUAGUGAUUCAGUAGCUGGUGCUCCUUCCCGCUCAGUCAGAAAUGAACCAAUACCCUGCAUAGUGUUGUGGGCACUGUGCUGGCCACCUACAAUUACGCAUCAGUUUCAUUCUUAUUCCAAAUAGUUCUAAAACUUUUUGGCCCCCAAGACAAGCAAAAUGAAGGGUGCUAUCCAAGUCAGGAAGACGGAAAUCUUCCCAUUACCUACAGUUACUUAUUUGCUAUAUACAUUAUCCAUCAUCAGGAGUUUUUUUCGUAAAUUUUAAAGACAGAAGGGAUCACUAGUAUCAUGUAGUCCAACCACCUACAUGCACAAGCCAUAAAAUCACACUCUGUAAUCACUACAUCAGUCCCAUAAUUUCUGGUUGAGCAAAAUCAUAUGUUUUAGAAAAAUAUCCAGUCUUGAUUUUAAACUUCAAGUGAGAAAAUUCACUGUGUUUCUAGGUAUGUUGUUCCAAUGGUUAAUUAUAAUCAUUAUUAAAAAUGUGCUCCUUAUUUCUAUUUUGUUUGCAGUAUUGUAGCCGUGCUGGCCCCAGGAUAUUAGAGAGACAUGGUGGUUGAGGUAAUAUCAUUGAUUGGACCAACUCCUGUUGGUGAAAGAGACAAGCUUUCGAGCUACAGAGAGCUCUUCUUCAGGUCUGGGAAACUAUUCAAGGUGAAGUGGCCCGUUAACAUCUCUGCAGUCAUAGGACAAAGAAGGGGGUUAGUGGGCUACAGAUGGUUGUAAAAAGCCAUAUCAUAGGAGCGAACACUUUUUCACAAAGCAGCCACUCCGUAUCAGACUUCUCAGCCCUCAUCCAGAUGGGGUACUUGCACGCCACCUUAAUUUAGCUGGAUGCUAAAAAUCAUGGUCUUAUUAGCGACACUGGAUUUAUGGCUUGUUACAACAGUCUGUACCCACUAACCCCCCUUUUUUGUCCUGUGACUGCAGAGCUGCACACCCUUCAACAAGCUAGAACGCCAUUCCGGCUUCUGCCUCCUUUGCCUCAGUCACUGUUGUGGGGUGUCCCCAAAUCCAGCUUCUACAGAAAGAAGGAGAAAGACAAGGGGUUUAGGCAAUGGCACACUUCGUCUUCCCACUCUUCUGCCCAGCCUACCCCCUCUAGAGACCAGGGCAGCCAGAAACAGGCAUUUUGAGGAUGCGCCCAAGGAUGGCAGCCCAGCCACUGCCCAGGAUCCACCUCCUGCUUUUUCCUCAACUGUCUACACCCCUUCUGUCAGCCCGGUUGCAGCUGACCUCGGACUGUUGGGUGCUCAACACAGUUUCUUUGGGCUUCAUGCUGCAAUUUGUGGCAACCCUCCUUCAAGCCUCUGGCUUUCUGUUCUCUCCUCUUCCUUUCUUGGAAGGUUGCAUUCUUGGUCACAAUAAAUUCAGUCCACAGGAUCUCUGCGAUUAGAGCACUUACCUUGGAAUCACCCUAUACAGUCUUUUACAAGGACAAGGUCCAAUUGCAUCCACACCCGGCUUUCCUGCCUAAGGUGGUCUCCCAGUCUCACAUGGGCCAGGACAUUUAUCUGCCCGUCUUUUUUCCAAAACCACAUAAGCUGGAGGAGGAGAGUAGCUGCAUUCCCUAGAUGUCAGAAGGGCGCUAGCCUUCUACAUUCAAGGGACCAAGCCAUUCCGCAAAUCGACACAGCUGUUCAUCGCGGUGGCUGACAGGAUAAAACGUCAUCUGGUGUCCGCUCAAAGACUUUCUUCUUGGAUCACUGCCUGCAUUUGCUACUGCUAUGACCAGACGAAGGUGCCACCUCCAGCGAUUGUCACUGCCCACUCAACCAGAGAGCAAGCCUCUUCAGCAGCUUUCGUAGCCCAAGUGUCUGUCCAGGACAUCUGUAUGGCGGCAUCUGGUCAUCUGUCCACAUGUUCACGUCCCAUUACAUGCUUACCCAACAGGCCUGGGACAAUGCUGGCUUCGGUAAAGCAGUACUGCAAGCAGCUAGGCUGUGAACUCUGAGCCCACCUCCGAGGAUACUGCUUAUGAGUCACCUAGAAUGGAAUCAACAUGAGCAAGCACUCGAAGAAAAAAACGGUUACCUGCUUUUCAUAACUGUUGUUCUUUGAGAUGUUUUGCUCACAUCCAUUCAAUUACCUGCCCUCCUGCCCCUAUGUUGGAGUUGCAGGCAAGAAGGAACUGAGAAGGUCGUUGGGUUGGUGGCACCCGAUAUACCAACGCAUGACUGCAGCACUCAAGGAGGCAUCACAGCUGACCCUGUGGAUACUGCUAAGGCAAAAGUCUCAGACGACUAUGCACAUGGGCGCACGUACACCUAGAAUGGAAUGGACAUGAGCAACACAUCUCAAAGAAUAACAGUUACGAAAGGUAGGUAACCAUUUCUUCUUUGCCCUUCUGAAAAUUUAGUCACCUCCACAAGUGACAUGUCCAGCUCACAACUCAAAGCUUCUUUUCCCACUUGUAUCCACUAAAUGUACAGUAGAACCUCUGAGUUGUGAACUGACCAGUCAAUCACACACCUCAUUUGGAACCAGAAAUACACAAUCAGGCAGCAGCAGCAGAGACCAAAAAACUGCAAAUACAUUACAGCACUGUGCUAAACAUAAACUACUUUAAAAAAGGAAAGUUUAAACAAACAUUUGACAGGAUAAGUAAACUGUUUCUGUGCUUGUUUUAUUUAAAUUAAGAUGUUUAAAAGCAGCAUUUUUCUUCUGCAUAGUAAAGUUUCAAAGCGGUGUUAAGUCAAUGUUCAGUUGUAAACUUUUGAAAGAACCACGAUAACGCCUUGUUCAGAGUUACAAACAUUCCAGAGUAAUGAACAACCUCCAUUCGAGGUCUUUAUAAUUGAGGUUCUACUGUAUUUUUACUGAGAUUUAGACUAGUAAUUGCAUUUGUCUGCUCCUACCACAAAGCUGCUACCUGGAGGUAGACAACCCUCCUCUGCAGCAGCUUUUAUCCAUACAGAUUUCAGAGUAGCAGCCGUGUUAGUCUGUAUUCGCAAAAAGAAUAGGAGGACUUGUGGCACCUUAGAGACUAACCAAUUUAUUUGAGCAUAAGCUUUCGUGAGCUACAACUCACUUCAUCGGAUGCAUUCACGAAAGCUUAUGCUCAAAUAAAUUGGUUAGUCUCUAAGGUGCCACAAGUCCUCCUUUUCUUUUUAUCCAUACAGUAACUCAAAAAUGUCUCUGCGAGAAAGAUGUCACAUACUGCCCCUUCAUCAUCAGAUGCCUCUUAUGUAUUCCCACUGGUAGGAUUCAAGGUGCCUGUGUUGUGUCAUGGUGAUUUGGAACCUUUUCGAAAGUCAUGCCCUUUGGGCAUUGUGUUUUGGAGCAGGAGUU